AUGGCGGAGGACGAGGACGUGUCUCUCUUUGAUGCGAUAAAGCAGAUAAAUGAUAAGCAGCAAGUCGAGAAGGAGAAGGAGAGGACGAUGCUCUCGAGCAAUCGUUCGGCUUUUGCCAUUGGAGGCAAAUCCAAGCUCAAAUUAAAUCAACUUCCCAAGAAAUCCGACGCUUCUCUCAAAAAACAAACCAACAAAGUUCUCCGAAGCCAUAAUCUUCUGCAGACACCGCUAGAAUCGAAAGAGAGCAAGAAACUCACGCGAAAGCUAAUCUAUGAACAGACAUCGACGAAAUUGGGAAGAUGGGACGACUACGUCAAGAACAUACGCCACGGCAGUCAAAUAGAUCUGCGCGAUGUCAACCAAAAAGUGCAAAUUGUCCCGUCUGAAGCGCGAAAGCGAAAACUCGGGACAGAAGUCGAGAGGGAACUCGAUGCGCUUCUGAAUGGCAACGAGUAUGUUCCUACUGGAGACGAUGAGCUUUCGAUGGCUGAGAAACGAGUACUGAGCUCCGUUUCGAUCCAGGAAGCUAAGCUCAGACAAAUGGAGCUCAGAAAGCAUCGAAUUCUUCAAUCGGAGUACCAAGUCAAAGCCCGGCGCAUGCGAAAGAUCAAGUCAAAAACGUUCCAUCGUCAUUUGCGAAAACGCGAGAAAAAGGAACAAGAACGUAUCCUCCGAGAAGGAGGAGAAGAUGAAAAGAAGGAUGAAGACGAGGCAGCAAAUGCGGCAAUUAAAAGAAGAGCCGAGGAUCGAGCUACUUUGAAACACAGUUCUGCUGGAAGUAAAUGGUCGCAAAAGGUGAAAAGAAAGAAACUUAUCCACAAAGACGAUGAUAUUUUGAAACAAGUGAAUGAGCAAAACGCAAUUCGCGAAAAAAAUCGAGAAAGAGUCAACGAAGCAAUUGUCGAAUCAGACACAGAAGAAGAAAGUGAUGCAGAAGAGACCGAGCAGACUGGACCGUCUGCAAGCGCAAUUAGUAUCAUCCAGCAGAUGGGAGACAACGAAUGGUUCAAAGUUUCGAAAGAUGCUGAAGAAGUCGUCGAUAACUUGGAAACCGCGGCCGAAAAUGCAGAUAAGAUUGUAGGCGAAGAAAAGGGAGUAAUGAACUUGCCGAGUGUGAAGAGCAAGGACUUUGAAAGCUCCUCCACCUCUAUCACGCCGAGAAAGACAGAAAUUGAAUUGGAAUUGGAAGCGCACAUGGAACGCAGAAGGCGGAAAGCACUUUUGAACAAAGAUACAGACAGUUCAGAUGAGGACGGAAGUGCCGAUGAAGCAGUAAAAGAGCCAGAGAAAGAAGUUCAGGAAGAGUCUGUUCCAGUUGAGCUCGUCCCAGCUACUGGAUCCGAAAAAGCUGAAGAAGAACGACCGAAAAAGCGUGUCAGCGAAAAAGAAACAAUUGAUACAACAAAGGUGCUGAAGCAAUCAGAUCAUCUGUCCACCUCCCUGCCUGAUACGAUCGAUGAAGAUGGACAGACGACGUCGAUUCGAGAAGCUUUCCAGGACGACGACAUCGUGAAAUCUUUCAAACAAUCGAAAAAAGACACGGCUGAGGAAGAAAAGGGAAAAGUCGUGGAUUUGAUUCUGCCCGGAUUCAACGGCGCUUGGGCGGGCGAAGACUUCAAACCGUCGAGAGCGCAGAAGCGACGAUUUAGAAUGAAGCAGAAGAUGGCGCCUCGUGCUGAUCGUCAGCUGGGCCAUGUCAUUAUUUCUGAGAGCGCAAGCAAGAUGGAUGGCAAGCGGGUGAAGCAGCUACCGUUCCCUUACCAGAACGCGGAGCAGUUUAACAAGGCCAUGUCGCAGCCUAUCGGAAACACGUGGAACACUGCUGCUAGUUUCAGGGAAAUGACCCAGCCCAGUGUUCUACAGACGCCAGGACAGAUCAUUGCGCCAGCAACGUUGGAGGAAAAACAGCGACACUCGGACAUUUUCACCGUUGAGAAAUCAGUCGCUGAUAGUUCGAAACAGAAGACGAAGCAAUUCCCUAAGAAAAUGGAAAGCAACGAACUUGCCGAUGUGGAAGAGAAGGCCAGCUUCAAUUUGUGCAUUCGCUUGGCUCCCGUAUUCAAUGCACUGCAGAAGAUUGACUCAAAUAAGUGUUCUAAAGAGAUGGCAGCGACGAUAUCGGCGGCGACGCGGAAGUACAGACAGAUCUUGAAAGAGCUAGAGGGAGAAGGCCACGAUGUAAUGGGCGAAGUUUGGGAACUGAUCGAAAUCAUGAUGGUCGACUCUGAAAUUACCGGCAUCGAUGCAGCUGGAAACACGCUCGAGUCGCUGAUGCAAUGGUGCCAGAAACACAACAAAAUCCCUGACCAGCUGAAAUCACUGGCGAUCGACGCAGAGUCUACAAAUCAGCAAUCGCUUUCGACCAACCAAAACUACUUCGACGCCAUUGCCGGGCACUUGCUCUGCGCUGACAUGGAAAACGCUGUAGAAACGCUCAAGCUGCAUCCGAAAUUCGACGAGGGCGGCUCAAACGAAGUCUGUGUCCUCGUCGACUUCAUUCUCAACAAGCCGCUUCUCUCCGAAUACACCAAUUUCCCGAUCAAUCAGUACCAGACAGCGUUUGAAAAUUGGCAGCAAGAUUUGAGCGAUGCGCUAGAAAACGACUCAUUCGAGGAUGAAAACAUCGUCAAAAUUGUCGGCAUUCUGUGCGGAGACGAGCAAAUCAUUGACGAUUGUCUGCAUCUAUGCGGUCAAUGGUAUCGACUUCUACUCGCAAAGUGCUACUACACUUGCCCAACGAUAGACCCACGUACUGUUAUUCACUCGUCCUCCGCGCCAGCUUCCCUUGGAGCGCUAGAAAACACAAUUCUUAAUGAAUUGAUCAACCGUAUUUUCGAGCUGGACAAGGAAGAAACCCUCCGCAUGCUCGUCUCGCUUUCCAAUUCGUGGUGGCCCUCGGCCCACAUGGCAGAUUUAAUUGCAAAGUCAGAUCCCAAAAAUAAGAAAGUACAAGAACUCCGAGAGCGCUUCGUGAAAAGCUACGCUGAAAGUUUGAUAAAGCAGCGGAAGCUUUUCAAAACUGGCCUUAGAUAUAUUCUCUCUCUUACAAAUAUUCAAUACGUGAGAGAAAAAUUGAAUACUGCAAUUUUGGGCGUAAAAGUAGAAGAAGAACCAGAACUGGAAAAACUGUACAGGCUUCCGAAAGAACUAAAUCUUACAGCUGUCAUGUACUUACAGAGACGCAUCGCUGAGAAAGCAGCUCGUCAUUUCAUUGCGAAGGAAGAAUUCGGAAGCUCGCUUUGCUGGGCGAUCAGGGCCAAUAAUGAUAGCAUUUGCUCGGAGAUUGCUGAGAAAGUAAUGAGAAAAUUUCACGAAGAAGACGACUGGGAGCUGCCAUUUAUGAUCGACAAACUCGGGAGGUGCCAAGAAAAACUUCCGAAGAAAUUGAUAUUCCUCUACAAAUAUAAACAGUUCCACAGCAAGCUCAAGGAUCACAACUCACAAGAAGCAAUGGAGGAUUUGGAAUCACUUCUGAAGUACGAAAUGAAAGCAGAGAUUCUUUCUCUCGUAUUACGGCAAGCGAUGGUGCUGCUCGACCAUGAAGUCAUGUUCAAGCAGAAGCAAAUCGUCUCAGUUACUAAAGCACUACAACGGCUUACUUUUCUUCAAAAAAUCAAAGACGAAGCAGACGUGGAGCAGGCGAACCUACUGAGGAAAAGUCUGGGCGAGCAUCUAACUAGAAUAAUUUUGAAAAAGCAAAUCUUGUAA